AGUGUAUUUAUAUUCACUUGAUGUUCGGAUCGAAGCCUGGUCUGCGCUGAUCCCUUGAUGGCGGAGCAGAAUGGCUCGGCCGAGCCGCCGCCGCCGCCGUCGGACGGCGCCAUGGGUGACGCGGCGGCCCGCGACGGCCGGCUCCAGCCCGGCAAGGUGCCGCCGCUCGAUAUCACGGCGGCCCAGGGCGCGGCGCAGAUGGCGGUGGCCGUGGCGCUGUCGGCUUCGGCGCCCGACCCGGACGGCCCGCCCAGCCCCGGCUCGCCCUCCGACGGCCGCCGACAGUCGGCCCGCGGCGCGCGGCGCGACAAACAGAAGCUCGGUCACCGGCGCGUCCGCGAGGGCGAGGUCACAUACAAAAAGAUCCAAACGACCACAAUCAUGGGUGCUAUCCAGCUGGGCAUCUCGUACGCGCUGGGGUCGGAGGCGUCACGCACCACGCGGGACGUGCUGCUCAGCGACUUCUACACGAUAGAGACGAUUGCGUUCCCCAAUCAGGGCGGCACUCACACGCCCGCCCAUCACUUCGUCGACUUCCGCUUCAAGAUCUACGCCACCAUCGGCUUCAAGUACUUCCGGACGCUGUUCGGCAUCCGGCCGGACGACUUCCUGCUGUCGAUGUGCAACGAGCCUCUGCGGGAGCUGACGAACGCAGGCGCGUCCGGCAGCAUCUUCUACCUGACGCAGGACGACGAAUUCAUCGUCAAGACGGUGCAGCACAAGGAGGGCGAGCUGCUGCUCAAGCUGCUGCCUGCCUACUUCAUGAAUCUGAACCAAAACCCGCGAACGCUGCUGCCCAAGUUCUUCGGCCUGUACUGCUAUCAGUGCAACUCCAAGAACAUCCGGCUCGUGGUGAUGAAUAACCUGCUGCCAUCUUCGAUCAAAAUACACCAGCGCUACGACCUGAAAGGGUCCACGUAUAAACGGAAGGCCAGCAAACAGGAGCGCAGUAAGCGGUCGCCGACCUACAAGGACCUGGACUUCAUGGAGCACCACCCCGAGGGUCUGAUGCUGGAGGCGUCCACCUAUAAUGCGCUCAUGCAGACCAUUCAGAACGACGUGCGGGUCCUGGAAAGCUUCCAGAUUAUGGACUACAGUCUCCUAGUGGGCGUCCAUAACCUGGACAUCGCUGCCAAAGAAAAGGCCGAGGCGGAGGCCGAGCCGGAGACGGAUGGCGCCGGUCUGAGCCGCUCGCGCAGCAUUAACCGGCACCGGCUGGUGGCGCACAGCACCGCCAUGGAGAGUAUCCAGGCCGAGUCGGAGCCCAUCGACGACGAGCAGGACGUGCCACCGGGGGGCAUUCCGGCACGGAACUCACGCGGCGAGCGCGUGCUGCUCUUCCUCGGCAUCAUCGACAUCCUGCAGUCGUACCGCGUCAAGAAGCGGCUAGAGCACACGCUCAAGUCGAUGGUGCACGACGGCAACACCAUCUCCGUGCACCGGCCCGACUUCUACGCGCGCCGCUUCUUCGACUUCAUGGCGAAGACGGUGUUCCAGAAGAUUCCGUCGCUGGACGGCAUUAAGGGCAGCCACCGGAAGUUCCGCACCCUCGUGUCCAGUUACAUGGCGCUGCGCCACUCGCCCUCCAAGCGGAAGGGACAGUCGCUGCGGAUGCGCGCGAUGGACAACGAACGCAAGGACUCGGAGCUGUCGGCCGAGCAGCGGCAGCGGCAGCCGGGCCGGCCGGCCACCAGCAGACAAACCUCCGGUGUUGGGUGCGAUUCCAAGUCAGGCGGGCUGCAGCAGCAGACCAGCGUGACCAGCACGAGCAGCGCUGGCGGCCGGCAGCCGGAGUCGGCCUCGCGCCACGUGACGCAGCUCACCAUCAGCGGCUCCUCGUCGGCCGGCGACGACGACAAACGCGACAGCGUCAGUGUGUCGGACAUCCAGCUGGACCCGCGGCCCGAGUCGCGCUCUACGCUGAGCGUCGACUCGGGGCCGAGCUCGGCGGCGGCGGCGGCGACCGGUCCGCUGCGACACGUCACCUGGACGCCGCCCAUGUCGGUGGAGGGCAGCACGCCCACCUGGACCGAGGGCACGCCCAGCUUCACCGAGAGCUCCAGCAGCGGCGACAUGGGCUGUCCGACCACGCCCGUGAAGAGCCUGACGGCCAGCCGGGACAGCGGCGUCAACACCAUGCCGUACGUCAAGCUGAACAGCAGCUGCUCGGACCGAAUCCCCACCGCCUCCUACCAGGAGACGGAGAUGGUCUCGUUUUCAGACGCACCUUUGAAGGGGACGCGGGCGGGCGCCGGUUUCGCCCGGCCGACAGCGCGCAACGCCACUGUCGGCUGGGUGGGCGGACCGCUGCUGAGUCCGCGCAUCCAUUACGAAGACGACGAGGCGGCGAACUCGGCCGCCGACCAGAACGGAAUCUGGGACCAGCGCUGGGCACAGGGCAGACCUGCGGAGCCAGCGGCGACACAGACAGAACUUCAGAAGCUCUCAGCGUCCCAAUCCGAACCCUCAGACUCUCGGAAGGCGCAGCUCGAACCCUCGGACCAUCAGAAGAUCCGGACCGAGCCCACAGAUCCUCAGAAGGUCCAGACCGAACCCACAGAUCCUCAGAAGGACCAGACCGAACCCACAGAUCCUCAGAAGGUCCAGACCGAACCCACAGAUCCUCAGAAGGUCCAGACCGAACCAGACCGAACUGGAAGCGGGCAGCCAGUUGCCGCAGGCGGAGGUCGGGGCGGCGUUCCAAAGGAGUGGCCUGACCGCAGGGCGGGCGAGCCGGCCGAGACCGCUCACCGCGGAGGCGCCGCACCGCACAACUCAAAGGACAGCGCGACGAGACGACCCAGCGAGCCAGGGGGCGCCAGCAGCGGCCCGUCUGGCGUCCCUAGAGGUGACGAGGGCGGCCCGCCGGCCGGGGUGGGCGCAGGUGAGCGAGCCGUCUCGGCCGGACCACCAGCCGACGUCCGCGGUGGCUCGCUCGGGCCGCUCGGUGACUGCGGCCGCCGGCAGGGUGACGGCGGCGCCUCGCUGGCUGGUCGGAUCUGGGGCCGGCUCUCGCUGCGCCUGUCAGGCCGCAGGCGAGCGGGCGGGGCGCGCCGGGCCAACUCGACUGCCGGACGUCGGCCGCCAUCCUCGGAGGCCGUGCUGUGACGCGCGCGGACGGCGCCGGCGGCGUCCGCGACGCGGCGUGGGUGUCCUCCCAGCCGCCGCCGUCAGCCCGCGCCGGCCAGUCCCCGAGGACGGUCGGACAGUCCAGCUCGGGUACAUCGCUAGAGUUGUAUGCGAUACAACCUUCCACCGGCAGAUGGGCCAGUUGUACGGUGUGCACAUGCGUAUCUGGGGCUCUGUGUAGCGAGGUCCGAUGCACUUUCGGCGUGACAUUGGCGCGUGGUGAACAACGCCUGAGAAAGGGAGAGGUGUGUUUGCCCGGACACGUGGAGAGGUGUGUAUGCUGGGGUGUGAGUACGUGUUAGAUUGCGAGGGAACUGCGGGAGUGAUCUGCGUGGAUGCCCGGCUCAUUGUUAUUUCUGAGUGUAAUACAAUUAUUGAAUAUUGGAUGCAAUGAGU